AUGCAGCAUGCGGGUUGCACUUUAGUAAUGGCUGCAGUUUUGGUGGCAUUAGCAUUCUUACAAAGUGCGACUCAGUUGAAGGUCGAAGCAGAAGCGGAAGUUCAAAUGCUUCCAAUUAAGGUUCGAUCUGGAAUCGCAGCCAUGAACGGUUGGGAUUAUCUGCAUUACGCUUUCAAGUGUUGCGGGGUGAGAGGAUAUUUGGAUUGGUGUCAAAAGGUGGAUGAAAAAAAUCCCAAGAUUAAUACCUCCGCUGAAGAUUUCUUGGGCUCUUACAGAUGCAAUCUACCUGCAUCGUGUUGUUCGAACAGUAGAAUGAGAUUUGCUUUCUUCAAAAAUAUUGGUUAUUCAACUUGCGUUUAUGCACCGACUCCAUCCAAUACUCACAUAAAUGGAUGCUUGACCCCGAUAUUGAUCGUGAUCUCUUAUUUUGGGAAAGUUUAUCGUAUCACAAAUUUUGUUACCGCAUUUAUUCUGCUAUUAUCAACGAUUACAUCAUUGGUUUUGUUUACCAAACUUUGAAGAGAAGUUAUCAAACGUACGGGUCAAGCUGGGUGGAUAAACUUGCAAAGAUUUUCCUCAUCGUAGUAGGCGGACUCAAGAAUU